UCGGUCCGGAAGUUUUCAUUCUCGUACUAGGGUCUACCUAGAUAAAGUAGUGUCAAUUGAUCGGCAUGGGACCAGCAUUACAUUAGGCACAGAUCAAAUAUAAACGUAACCAGUCCCCAUCCUUUGAAUGCUCAAAUCAUAGGACAGAGAUGUCAGAUACGAAGGGGCGGUUGGAUGACACCCUUGGGGAGAUCUUAGCACGUCGAAAAGCUCGUGGUAGGCUUAGAAAGCUAAGCAAUACCCCAACUGACUUUGUCGACUUCUCGUCCAAUGGCUACUUGUCCUUAUCGACAAACUUGGAAAUUCAGAAAUCAUUACUGUCUCGUCUGCAGGCCGAGGUCGCAACGCCUAAGGAUAGCAACGGAUCGAGAGAUUCCCACAGAUCGCUCCUGGGCUCGGGAGGUUCUCGUCUUCUUGACGGUAAUUCGCCAUUUGCAGAGUCACUCGAAGAUAAAAUUGCCUCUUUUCAUGGUGCGGAGGCGGCGCUUCUAUUCACAUCUGCAUACGAUGCCAACACCGGAUUGCUUGGCUCUGUCCCACAACCCGGGGAUGUGAUUAUCUAUGACGAGCUAAUCCAUGCGAGCGUCCAUGAAGGGAUGCGUGUGAGUCGAGCUGCGAAAAAGAUUCCAUUCGCGCAUAGUUCCAUAUCGGAGGCUCAGCGGGGGCGGACUACCGACACUAAGGAAAGCCGAGCGAUUAGUGGUAGUAAGAACCAGGGACUCGGUCAUGUCCUGAGGGAAUUAGCGAAAGACGAGCGGGUCGCUAGUUGUAAAGCCAACGUUUUUAUUUGUGUUGAGGGGCUUUAUAGCAUGGAUGGCGAUACUAUACUUUUGAAAGAAAUCGUUGAGACCGUGGACCAAUACCUCCCAUCUGGGAAUGGAUACAUCAUAGUCGAUGAAGCGCACUCGGUGGGUGUGUUCGGCAAAGAUGGACGCGGGCUAGUAUGCCAGCUCGGCUUAGAGGAUCGGAUAUGGGCAAGAGUCCUGGGAUUUGGGAAAGCGAUAGGCUGUGCAGGAGGUGUCGUUCUAUGUUCCCCGGUUACUCGAUCAUACUUGAUCAACUACGCCAAAAGUCUCAUCUAUACAACAUCGAUGACUUUUACGUCUCUAGCCAGCAUAGAUGUUGUUUACGAUUUCCUCGUAAGCGGGCAAUCAGAACCAUUACGGCGAUACUUGGAAACUCUCAUCUACUACACGCGCCAUAAACUCUGUGCUCUCUACACCCGUUUACGGCCAGACAGGCACACGCUUUAUGUUGAGGAGACGACCCUAAAAUCGCCCAUUAUCCCGGUUUUAACCGCCUCCCCUCGUAGCCUCGCAGAACAUUGCCAGCGAUUCGGUUUCAUGGUACGCCCAAUCGUGAGCCCAACCGUACCGGCGGGGAGCGAGAGAGUAAGGAUCUGCUUGCAUUUUGCUAAUACGAAAAAGCAAGUUGACGAAUUAUGCGAUGUAAUCGAGGCAUGGGUAAGAAACCAGAUGUCCAAGGUGGCAUCUCAGGGAAAUACAGAGUCCCUCAAGCUCAAAGAAAUUGCACAUGUAUUCGCCAAGGGAGAUAAACCGCGCUUAUAAUACUUACAACCUUGACUAAACCAUUUUUACCCUAGUUACAAGCUACAUGCUAUGAGUUGUUGAUGGA